AUGGCCACAGUGUGGGAAAAAGAGACAGUGAGCAAACAGCGUGUGAGGACAGGAGGCUGGGUACUGCAGCCCUGGUGGUCAGGGCGUGCGGCAGGGGCCUUUGGCGGCCUGUGGCGAGCAUUUCUCGGAUCUCCCUCCCUGUUGCACCUGCCCAGGCCUGAGCAAGAGCGGGGCCUUGCGAAACAGGGAGAAACCGAGGCGGCAGCCGCUGCAGCGUUCGGGAACAUGAUGCGGCAGAUGAGUAAUGAAAGGGCUUUGAGAACUAGAACUGGAGUCAUAGGAAAAAAGAAGAAAGUUCCAAGGAGGGUCAUCCACUUUAUUAGUGGCGAGACCAUGGAGGAGUACAGCACUGAUGAGGAUGAAGUCUACGGCAUUGAGAAAAAGGAUGUGCUGCCCACCAGUGACCCAACAAAACUUCCCUGGGGGCCCUACUUGUGGUUUUACAUGAUUCGGGCUGCCACAUCAACCCUCUCAGUGUGUGACUUUCUUAGAGAGAAGAUUGCAUCUGUUUUGGGUAUCAGCACCCCAAAAUACCAGUAUGCCAUCGAUGAGUAUUACCGGAUGAAGAUGAAGGAGGAAGAGGAGCCAGCCUCUGUCCCACCAUAGACCGAAAUGACUAUAUAUAAAGUGUUAAACCCUAAAUGUCAAUCAGGAACGUUGUACAUUUUGUUUAGUGUGAUUUAAAACAGCUAUUUAUAUUUUAAAUUAUUAAGGGGGAAAUCUUUCUUCAUUCUUAUGCUCUUUCACAGUCAGAUCUAAAGUUGGGAUGCCUUUAUGAGUAAAUAAGUGAUC